GUUGGCUGGCUGUUGUUGCAUGUACGCCGACUUCCCCGCAGCUGAAAAACAGACGUGCUGCGAGGUUGAUUAUCUGCAGAUUGGCAAUUUGGCCGAGGGGUUGUUGGGGACGAUUGAUUACGUCGCUUCUUCUCUUGGUAUCCUUUUUUUCGACGAUUCUCUACACAAAACAUCGCUUUCUGUUGCAUCAAGUCUUGUGACAGCCUCAAUGGAAGAGGAAGCCUUGCCAGAUGCUCCCAUCGAGGUGCGCAGUUACGGCCAGAAUGACUACCACAGAUACGAGGCCGAAGCCCUUCGUGGCACUCAUCUUUGUGUGGGAUCCAAAAGGGUCGGAGAAGUGAGCAUUGAUUGCAAAUAUCACUACGAAAGAACCCAAGUCGGCGUGUUGGGGCAGAGGAAGAAGCCAGCGGGCAUCAUAUACAUGGACAUCACCUUCCACCAGACCCAGGGCUACUGGUUAGAAUCUGCCAUGGUCUACAUCACCAUCGGCGAAGACGACACGUCUGACACGUCGUACAUCCUCGCAAGGUCCAAGAAGGCCAAGAAAAACCGUACGCGCCGGCAGCUCGAAGCAGAUGUCGCGGUGCAAAUGACACAGCAUUACGGACCGCGAUACCUGACCGGGAACGAAACAAGCCGCACCGAAGCCGAGGAAAGCCACUUUGUGCCUACUCUGGGGAUCGCGGCUAAUGAGCUGGGCGGUGUUGGCUUCAUCCGUUCCUCUUCCCAGGAGCGCAAGGGAUGUUGGACCUUCAAGGGCAGCGUGGUCCCGCCGCCCGGCUGCUCGGGCCUGCGGACUCUGCAGUGGGAGUUUAGAGCCAACAGGCUCGAGCCCGACCAGGACGCGCCGCACGACUACUGCACGGCGUUUGCGUUUGAGCACAGCCGAAAGCCGCUGUACAUGCGGGUGGAGAUCGACGGUAAGCUCUACAAUAAGGCCAAGAGCUUUCGCCACAGCGCCGCCAUGUUUUCGUCUCGCCUUGGCGGGAGGGACAGGUCUACCGUGGCUCGGUUGGACAUGUUUGGCCAGAGGGCGCCGCGGAAGCAGCUCGACGAGAUAGCAGACGGUCUGGACAAGGCGAUGCAGAUGGCGAACCUCGACCGGACCCCUGUGAAGAUGCCGGGUUCCACCAUGGUCACCUUCUCGGAGGGUGGUCUCCGGCAAGGAACGGCGUCGAGACUCGCCAACGGGCUUCAGGGGCGACAUGACCCUCUCAUUGAAGCUUUGAGGACGCAGGCGGAAGAUGGAACGGGGAUCGAUGACGGACUUGCCCAAAGACUUUGGCUGGCGACCAACGAUCCCCGGCUUGAACCCACCCCAGCACAGCUACCUGACGCGGCUGUUACUGCCAGGGUCCCGACAGAUCCACCAAUCACUGCCACGACCGAGAUCACUCAAGCGAUAACUACCACUGCGGCACCUACAGAGCACACAGAAGCCGCUUAUAAACAUCCUGACAGUGAAGUCUCACAAUUGUUGGAGAGUGAAAUAGUCAUUAUCGUGCUGAAGCUUUUCAUCAGGAUCAAUGGGGCCUUUGGAGAUGCAAGCCGUGCGUUGUUCUUGUUGAUAACCAAGGUUUUUGUUGCGUUUUUGAUGAAAAUACCGGGACUGUGGGGUAUCAAAACGAGGGUAUCCGGCAUCCAAGUAACAUCCAAGGCAGGCAGAAAUCAUCGUGAAUGAAAAGUCCUGGGGAAAUGUGUUCGUGUGUAGAAAUACAAGCGUCUGGUUUCCCAAUCAAUACCCAAUUGCAUAUCUGCGGGAGCAAAAAAGAAACAUAUAUCAUUGGCCUUCUCCACGAGACCGCUCGGAAUCCCCCAAGUAUAUGCCACAUAUAAUUAGCAUAUGUUAUCUAGAUUUUUUCAACUCCGCCAGGUACAUAUUAAGAUCGGGACACUGCCGU